AAACUUCCUGUUUCCACGUCAUAUCCUGUUAGCUUAGCAACUAGGAGGAAUAAAAAUGACCUCCGUAGAUUUGUAGCACAAAUAACCCCGUAUAACAAUUAAAUAGAGUAUAACCACCUUAUUAACUAAGGGUAUUGUUGUGAGAGAAAUACCAUUAUGGCGUCUUUUUUUUCAUGUUGUUUGGGCUGUUGCGGAGACAAUAACAGUGGCCACGUAAUACUGAAGGAAAUGCCCACGGUUCAGCUGGACACUCAUCACAUGGGUACUGAUGUUGUCAUUGUAAAGAGUGGAAGACGUAUAUGUGGAACUGGUGGGUGCAUUGCAAACGCCCCUCUCCAUCAAAACAAAAGCUACUUUGAAUUCAAGAUUCAGUCCACAGGUGUGUGGGGAGUAGGAGUGGCAAAUAAGAAAGCAAAUCUAAACCAGAUCCCUAUGGGUAGAGACCCGCACAGCCUUGUGCUCAGGCAAGAUGGCACCGUGUACCACAACAAUGAAGAAAAGAACCGAUUACCCGCUAACAGCUUACCACAGGAAGGAGAUAUUGUGGGUGUUACAUAUGACCAUGUGGAGCUGAAUUUGUACUUAAAUGGAAAGAAUAUGAACUGUCCUGCAUCAGGCAUUAGAGGAACUGUUUAUCCUGUAGUUUAUGUGGACGAUAGUGCAAUAUUGGAUUGUCAGUUUAGUGACUUCUACCAUACUACUCCACAAGGCUACCAGAAGAUUCUUUUUGAGCAACAGAUCUUCUAAAGUUCAUGACGUGUUGUAUAUACACUAAAGAUAUGUAUUCCACAGCUGGGAUCUGGAGUGCUAUGGUUAUGAAUGAUUUCUACCCUGCGUCUCAUUUGAACUCAUGUCAUCUGUGAUUUUGACUUGUGUAAAUCAUCUGGCCACUUCUACUUAGUUUAAAAAGUCACCCUAAGUUUUUCAGCUGAACUCGGUAAGCGAUAUCAGCUGCACACUUAUCUGUGCACUGAUCUCAAAAUGUUUAUUCAGAACACACAUCUUUAAUUUGCACUUUGUCAAACACUGUACAUUUACUAAUGUAUUAACAGUGCGCUAUUGUGAACAUGGAUUUUUGUUUUAUGGCUGGUUUGAAUACAGUCACAAAUUAAAGAUGACAAUCAAAGCUUUAUACUUUAUACAUUUCAAGAGAACAAAGUGAUGCUGACUCAAAAUACUGUCAAAGCUCUUUUCUGAUUUCAUAUUAUUAUCGUCUGUCUGAUGUUUGAUCUGCAGCCCACACACCAUAUACAUAAUGAUUUUGAGCUCUUCAUAAAAUAUACAUUUAGAAUUCAAGGAGUUUAUAUUUUGUGUUCUUCCAUGAUAUGUUGCUGUUGAUAUACAUUGUCUUAUAUCAUUAUUAAAGUUUGUGAACAGCAUUUAGUGACUAAUAUAUUAAGAAAAUUUGACAUGCAAGAGGAUAGGAAGUGUAAAGUUUAUUUACCUUAAAUAUUUAACAUUUUUACCUAGGGUCAAAUGAUAUCUGAUUGUCUGUGUUUGUUAAUUAUGGUUUGUUGUAAUUAAAUUACAAAAUUGUCUUAAUAAACGAAAGAAUAUUUAA